ACGUUCUCAGUGGCACGGUGUCACAGUUGCGUAGCAAGGGGGUUAUUGAGAGAGACAAGCUGAAUAAUUUGUGCAUUGAAUGCAUUUAACUACAGUUUCUUUUAAAUAUACUAUCUAUCGCGCACAUUCAUAAUGCCGGGGAUGAUGGAUAAAGGUUCGGAAUAUCUCGGGAAAGGUAGAUCUAAUGGAACAAAAAGCCCCUCAAAUGCUUCGAAUGGACAUUUUUCUGAUGAGAGUGGCAGUGACGACGACCACGAUGUGGGUAUGCGUGUGGGAUCUGACUAUCAAGCAAGCAUUCCCGAUUACGACCCGGGUGCGACAAAAUACAGCGACAAAGAUAUUGGUGGAAUGUUGGUAUGGUCUCCUUAUCAUACCAUUUUGGACACGAAAUUGGAUGAAUACAUUGCCAUUGCGAAAGAGAAACAUGGAUACAAUGUUGAGCAGGCUUUAGGAAUGCUUUUCUGGCACAAACACAACAUAGAGAAAUCUCUAGCGGACCUACCCAAUUUCACUCCCUUCCCUGAUGAGUGGACUGUUGAGGACAAAGUUCUGUUCGAACAAGCCUUCAGUUUCCAUGGCAAGAGUUUCCACAGGAUACAACAAAUGUUGCCAGAUAAAUCAAUAUCCAGUCUUGUGAAGUACUACUACUCCUGGAAGAAGACACGUUCCAGGACAAGCUUGAUGGACAGGCAAGCUAGGAAGUUAGCUAACAGAAACAACCAGGAGGAAAGUGAUGAAGAAAUGGAUGAAGCCAAUCCUAUUGAAGCCAAUGAUAGUGAUUAUGAUCCAACUAAGGAGACCAAGAGAGAGCAUAGCCACUCUGAGACCCAGAUGAUGAGCUCUAAAAUCGGGUUGGGCCGGCGGGACCACCUGACCCUGAUGCACCGGCACCACUCCCAGCGCUCCAAGUGCCGCCCCCCCAAAGGCAUGUACCUGACACAGGACGACGUGGUGGCCGUGUCCUGCAGUGCCAGCGCAGCUAACACCGUCCUCCGCCACCUAGACAUGGAGCUGGUGUCCCUCAAGAGACAGGUUCAGAACGCCAAACAAUUGAACAGCAGUCUCAAACAGAAGAUGGAAACUGGGUUAGAUGAUCUCCGUCUACCAGAGUUGAACCAAAAAAUCAAUGCACGGUGGACCACUGAUGAACAGCUACUUGCAGUACAAGGUGUCAGGAAGUAUGGCAAAGACUUCCAGGCCAUUGCAGAUGUCAUUGGUAAUAAGACGGUGGGGCAGGUGAAGAACUUCUUUGUGAAUUAUCGCCGGCGCUUUAACCUGGAGGAGGUGUUGCAGGAGUGGGAGGCAGAGCAGGGCACACGUGCCCCCAACGGCGACAGCCCCACCUCUGGCGAAGACACGAAGAACAAUUCCAACACCCCUUCAGGGAAGAGUACAGAUGAAGAGGAAGAGGAGGGUCAGGUGACUCCAGCCUCAGGUCCGUCGCCAGUUCUGCAGGUUUCCUCAGGUCCAACAGCAGCCAGCUGCCCCACCUCACUCAACCAGCCUCCACCUCUGCUGCGCCCGUCCCUGCCGGCCACCCCAGCGCUCCACCGCCACCCCCCACCCCUGCAGCAGCAGGCCCGCUUCCUCCAGCCCCGGCCCACCCUCAACCAGCCGCCCCCCCUCAUCAGGCCAUCCAACCCCCUGCUGCCCCCGCGCCUCAACCCCCGGCCCACUGCACCCCCCGCCCCCUCGGCCUCCAGCACGGGCCCUCCAUCCAUCCAGCAGCCCCCCACGCUCAUGGGGGUGCAGCCUGACACACCCUCCCCCUCGCUGCACUGAACACAGGCUUCUUCUUCUGGAACCACAGAAGCUGAGCAGAUCUUUUUUCAUUCUUUGAUCCCUGCCUGUAUUUCUUUUUGUGACUAAAAUGUUCCUGGUGCAUACUAGACAAAUAUCCAGAGCUCUGUGUAGAGCUAAGCUGUCUGUAAAAAGAAGGAAACGUGUAUACCAGUAGUUUUGUAUUUAUUUUUGUGUAAUGUUUUAUUCAUAAUUCAUAGUGUAAUCAGAAAUUACAAUGAUCUAUUCAUGUGUAGAUGUCUUUUAGUGUUUUAACAUGGUUCAAAUGAGGAAAUUGAAGUUUCACAUGAAGCUAUGUUGACACCGUUUUUAAAAUUGUAAAUAGUCAACCAUUCAGACACCAAAAUCUCAUGGCAGGCAGAACUGUUUGUUUGAGUGUUUGAUGUCGUUCCUAAUGCUCACGAUGUACGCUCAGUGAUUUUAGAUCUGUUAAAAGGCUCACUUGUGAUUUGUAUAUAGAAGCAUUUAUUUAUUUUUGUACUUGGUGCUAUGGACUCUAAUUUGGUUUUGUCCAAACUCUGGCAUAACUGAAACCUUCAAAGUGCUCUUAUAAAUCUAAGAGAAAAUAGUUCCUAAAAACUGGAAGAUGAAAUGAGGAUGAACACAAAUGUAUCUUUCUUUCUUUUUUAAAAUGGCUAUUUAAAAUGUUGUACAAAUAUGUGUUGAAGGUCAGUGUUCCAAAAUAUGGAUGAAAAAAAGGACUUAUUUUAAUCACAGCAGUUACAUUUCUACGUUUGCCUUUGAAACGGCUUAUUUAAUGUUAUUGCAUAUUCUGAAGAGAAUUGGUAUUCUUGAUGAUCCUAUUGAUAAGACACCUACGAUGGGUGUAACUCCCUAAAGAACCACUGUUUGUUAUUGGUCUGCAAGUAUGGAGCAAGGACAUGCAAAGCGCUCUCUUUCUGCCAAUGCAGCUAUCUAGUGAACGGCACACUCACUGGGGGUACAUCUAAAGAUGAUCUAAAGAUGUACACCAAGGGGCGUGCAAUAAAGACUACUUGUCUUUAAAAAAAACGUUCAAUGUAUUUUUGUUAGGAAACUGUUCUCACAUUGUUCAGCGUUUUUGCAUCUGUUCUGUUGGACUUACAUUUUGUAUUGAAAGCAUCAACUUCAUUUCUUGUAUGCCAUGUCUUUAAGUGUAUUUUCUAUUGAUAUUCGACUUUAUGUUGUCUUGAGUUUUCAUUGGUCACAUUUCAUUGUUCACAGCUUGAAUAUACAUUGAAACCAAAACGUUAUGGUAUCGGGCAUGUGUUCUAAAUCUCAACUAUAGAUCUGUUCGAUUUCAAGGCAAUCCUAGAAGCUGUAAAUGGAAUAUGCCAUUUUUUCUUUUUUGUUUACUUUGUUAAUUCACUGCUUCAAUUGAUGAAUUUCGUGGCAUGCACUGUAAUGAAAAGAAAGGCUGAUUGUUUAGUUUUUGUGGAAGUGCAUCUGUGUUUGUAUGUAACAAGCUGAAUAAAAUGGGAAAGUGAGGA